AACAUCUCUCUCUCUCUCUCUGUGUGUCUUUCAGAACAAUCAGGACAAUCAGACAACUCUAACCAGCAAGGAGACACAGACGUCAAGCCCCCGCCAAAUGGCCACUUGAGUUUCCAGGACUGCUUUGUGACUUCUGGGGUUUGGAACGUAGCUGAGCUGGUCAGAGUGUCGCAGACCCCGGUGGCCACGGCAACCGGCCCCAACUUCUCCCUGGCUGACCUGGACAGCCCCGGCUACUACAACAUCAACCAGGUGACCCUGGGACGGCGCUCCAUCACCUCCACCCCCUCCACGAGGACUGAAAUGGAGCUCUAUGCGAGUCUCCCACGGAGCUCCAACAAGCGCAAGUCCAUUGACGACAGCGAGAUGGACAGCCCGGUGGACGAUGUCUUCUACUCGGGCCGCUCCCCGGCGGCCGGCAGCAGCUCCCAGUCCAGCGGUUGGCCCAACGACGUGGAUGCAGUGCAACACCAUUUGGCCAGUGUGCAGGAGAGGAAGAUUAAGCAUGAGAGCGAUGGAGUGCAGUUUCCUUACCAUGGACUCUCGUCGCCUGGCUCUCUUAAGAAGUCGGGGAAAUACGAUUUCAGCGCCCUGUCCUCCCAGACGAGGCCCCCCCGCAUGGCGUUCACCCACCACCCACUGCCAAUGCUGGCGGGAGUGAGACCAGGGAGUCCCCGGGCCUCAGCCUCGGCCUUGCACUUCCCGUCUCCCUCCAUCAUCCAGCAGUCUAGCCCCUACUUCACCCACCCGACCAUCCGCUACCACCACCACCCCGGACAGGACCCCCUGAAGGAAUUUGUGCAGUUCGUCUGCGCCGAUGGCUCGGGGCAGGCCUCCGGACAGCCAAACGGGAGCGGCCAGAGCAAAAUGCCAGGCUCCUUCUUGCUGCCUCCACCUCCCCCAGUGGCCCGCCCAGUGCCCCUCCCUAUGCCCGACUCUAAACCCAACAGCACGCCCCCUGACGGCGGACUCUCCUCGCCCACAUCUUCGUCAUACUCCACGCCAGGCGCCACAGCUCCCAACAGGUUUGUCGGCAUCGGAUCACGGGACAACAACUUUCUGAACAUCCCGCAGCAGACGCAGUCUUGGUUCCUCUGACAAGAUCUGUGCACAGACCAGCAACUACGAUUCUUUCGUUACAAGCGGAAAUAGAAAAAGCAGAGAAACAACAGUUGUCCUCCACCCGACGACCGCCCCAACCCCAGAGCUAUCACAGGAACACCCCCCCCCCCCCCCCCCCCCCCCCCCCCCACCCUCUCCACCCCCAGAACGUCUCACCUGACACAAAAAACACAACCAAGCAGCGCAGGAAAAACCACAGCAGCACGACGCUUUGUUUAGAGGAACUCUGGACUACUUUAUCCUGUUGGCAGUGAAGACUGAAGAAGGGUCAAAGGGGGAAAACGGCAGCCAGCAGCUCUCCCCUUUUAAAGAAAUUCAAUAGAAUCACAGAGAGAGGUCAGCACCUCCCAGCACACGUUGUGUAGAUGAGUGGCUCGCAAAAUGGAAAGCAAACACAACAAAUGUGUCUCUUACACAACAUUCGAGCUCGGCACCAAAGGCCUCGACCGAAGCAAACGCGCCAUUUGGUUUCCAGCAGCAGCUGCAAGUCCGCCUUGAAUUGAAUUGAUCAACGUUCCCUCUCCGCGUGGAAGACAAAAAGUCCCUUUUUUUAGCCAUAACAAAACGUAUCGUGAUGGAGGGUUGCACUGGGAGCUUGAUUCUAUUAACACUAAUCUCAACGAUGUGCACUAUUUACCGACAGAGCGUGGUAGGGGAACCUCGUGUCUAUCAGCUCCGCGUGACCCCCCCCCCCCCCUCGCCCCCACCACCUUGUUCAGUUUGAAUCAUUUGACCUGAUUUGAGCUCCUUCUCACAACCCCCCCCCCCCCCAAACGCAUGCGACGCACACACACACACACACUUGCACAAUCUGCGCCACGACCACAGCGCAUAUUUCCUAAACGACAACACACACAAAGACACACCCGUUUGGAUUGUCGUAGCCCGAAGGUGUUGGUGUUGGGUCACACAAUCAGCCCCGUGAGCUCACUCUACCUGAUUAGAAACGUCCCAAUGUGAGCACAUCGCUAAUGGCCGUUAACUGGCGGCUUCAGACAGCAGCUAUUGGCCCCCCCACCCCCCCCCCUUUGCCCUCUUGUGAUAUGUAGAUGAUUGAUUUUGUUAUCUCUUGUGUGUUCUCUUAUUUGAAUUUAUUCCUUUUUUGGAUUUGUACUAUUUUAUAAUUGUUUGUUUUUGAAUGACAGCACCUUAUAGAGAAACACAUUGGGAUUUUGAAGCGGUGUAGACAGGGUGGUCAGCUGACCUGGACCAAGUGGUACAUGCCAAAACGUAGAGACGCGGUUUUGACCUUUUGGGGAAUUGGCUCUUUGCUUUGCUAUUUUUUCCUUUUGCCGACAGUUGGACGAGAUGAUCGGUACCUCUCGACAUGUGAAGCGUCUGCGAGCUGCAGCUUAGCUUUAGCUUAGCUUUAGCUGGGCACAAAGGAUCCAAACCCUUCGCUUCGGUACCAACCGGACUGGAGGGUCUGUUCCUCAGAACCAUCUGAGAAGAAGACGUCUUUGGACGCUGACUGGGGAGGCGAUUGGAUGAACAAACCCAUUGCAGUCAUUGUGCUAAGCUAAGCUAGGCUAAGCUAAGCUAGGUUUCUAGCAAUACUUGCGAGCGGUAUCGAUCUUCUCGUCAAACAGUCGGCAAAAGAAAGCAAAGAGACAAAGAGAGAAGUGGGUUUUCCCUCAGUGUCAAACUGGUUCUUCCCUUCUCAGAGCCCCGUUAACCAAUUUGCCACCUACUGUACCCGGAGGCCCACACCGUGCAGGGCCCUGACAAUCACAGGAAGGCCGACCUGCUGAACCCCACAGGUCAACAGCACCAGCCCACUACUUCGCCCCCCCGGUGGUGAUGGGCGAUCAAUUACAUUAUUGGUUUUUUUAAAAGGCCGAUGCAAGGAAGGGGAAGGUUGCUGGAGACGGGACCCCGAGUCUCCCUAAAGUUUACCCUGUUGUUUACACUCCCAGACGGGCCGCUGCUCCAAGAGCAGAGGGGGCCACACUGUGGAGCAAAAUGAAUAUGUGACAUAUCUGUUAGCCCAGCGGGGGGGGGGGGGGAGGACCAUCACCCUGUGCCCCGAUUUGUGCUAGGAUCAGGAUAUUGGUUGCUACGGUAAUGCCCCCAACACACGCACUCACUCACACACCAGCGCCCCCCCCCCCCCCCCAAACCCCCUUUACUAUUUGUGAAUCAAUGAGCCAUUGAUGAUCAAAAUCUGCACUAAAACAAUCGUACCAGCCGAACCGAUUGAGCGCCACUCGAGUGGUUUUUUUCUUCUCAAAUCAGUGGGUGUUUCACAGGGCUGUGAUCCCACUGGCAGAGCACCGAUCGCCACAUCGUAAACUCACCGACCACUAUUACGCCCCCCCCCCAACCCCUCCUCCCACCCCCACUGAAUUCAAUUCAAAGGGAAGUCUUAAAAACAAGAAAACAGACGAUCUGAGGAAACCUUUAUGGGUUUUUUUUUUUUUUUUUUACACCAUCAUCCCGCACGUGUUCCCUCCGAUUCUCCCCCGCCAAAAGUCACACACCCGCCCAUCCGACCUCUCAAAAUAACUGGACUGCCUGGCCACGUUCACUUCGCUGCAGGGAAACACGACGUAGUUGACCGACCGACGGCUUCGUAGAGAGAACCAGCUCCGCCGAGUGGGGGCGUCGACGGGGGCCCAAGCGAUUGCUUUUUCUAAAUCUAUGGAAGUGCCUCUGUAUUCCCAUUAUGCAAUUUGUCAAACAUGAAUUCAGGUUCCUUUUUUUUUUCUCACGGAUAAGCUAUAGCGAAAUGGUGAAAAGAAAAAACACAUUUAUGUCAGGAGAGGGAGGGAAAGAAGAGGAAAUAAGGAAAAGGCGACAGCUCACUAGAUAAUCGCAAGCAUCUUUAUAUAUAAUACACAUAUAUAUUUAUAGAUAUAUACACUUUUGUUUAGUUUUUUCAUUUGCAAGAUAAGCUCCGUGGCAGUCUAGUUAUUUUUUGAAGCAUGGCGUACGGGGCGCAGUUCAAAGGAUGCAUCUGAGUAGCAGUCUCUAAGCCCACUGGGAAAGAUCCAGAGACACUGAGGAUGGCGCCGGCGAGGUUAACCACGAGAAAACACGGGGUCCGGGUGUCUUCUUUCUUGUUUUGAUGGGAAGUAUUGUUCGUGAAACUAAAUGAUGUAUGUCGAUUGAGCCAUGUGCAAUGCCUUGGUAGAGGAAUUGUGUUUGUUUGUUAGCGAUUGUUUUGAGGGGUGUCACGAGAAAAGAGGGGAAACCCCUCCAAGGUUGUUGUUGUUUUGUUGUUGUUUUGAAAGUCCACGUGCCCCCGGGACUCUAAACACGAGGGCGGCGAGAAAAAUACCCCCCCCCCUCUUUGUAAGUAAGUUUGGGGAAACCGUUUUUUUAAUUUGCUUUUUGUUGUUGUUGUUGUUGUUGUUUUUUUCUUCUUCCUCCAUUUAUCAGUUUUUCUUUUUUUUUUAAAGGAAAGAAAAAUCAAUUUUCAUUGAUUUUUUUUUUGUUUUCUAAAUGUGGGAGGGCUGAAGGAACCAUUUGCAGCUCGUAAAAAUAUAUAUCAGUAUGAAAACCUGGUGCUCUCGUAAAGAAUAAAGUACAUUCAAUCUCUAUUAUACAUAAAUGGUAAUAAUCAAAAAAAUUAAGUGUUAUCAUAAAAUUUUAGGAAACCAUGCAUUAUUCUAUUUCUCUUUUCUUUUCUUUUUUUUUACCGAUGGGGGGGGGGAGAAACGUUCUGAAAGAGGUUGUUGUGACAAAAUGCUCCACCGCCCCCCCCCCCCCCCCAUACACACCUUUACACCCAAGCGGAGCAGUCGUAGCGACAGCAGCUCGACGGCUUGCGGUCCCCCCCCCCCCCCCCCGGAGAAUCUCCCACUGUAAAUGACUAUAAAUAUGUUUGGUGACGUAGUGUUAUAGACUCAGAGCAUCUUAAAGGUUGUCCCUAAAAAGUGCCUUUUGUUCACAGAUUCCAUCUCGUAAUCCUGAGUGCCCAUCGAGAAAGAAACAAAAAAAAGAACAAAAAAAAAAAAACCACAUAAAAGACGCCGCCCCCCCCCUCACCCCCCCCCUCCUUCAUACUUCUAUAUCUUUCGCCUCCUCUUCUUGGAGCUUUUACAAGCAGUAUACAUAGUACUAAAGGACAUUGGUGUGAUUUAGUUCCUCUUUUAUUGUUGAAUAAUUAAGAAAAGCAUAAAAAAAAGAAAAAAAAGCAACAAAAGAUAAAAAAUAUAUAUUUUCUGUCUUGCUUCUCUUCCUCCGUAUCUUGUCUUCUGUCUAUCUCGGACACUGGAGUAGUCUGUAGCGGCGUAACACCCCCCCCCCCCUCCUUCCUUCCUUUUCUCCCAUUUCCUGAACGGUGGGGCUGAAAAAAAAAAAAUGACUACGCAGAGAUUUUAUUUUUUCUUGUCUGAGCAGAAUGCAGUUAGCUCACAUGUUACUCUGUACGCUUUCACAUUGUAUCACCAUACCCAUCUUCUUCAGCUUCUCCAUUCAACAGCUAAUGUAAGUGAACAAGUUGCACCACGGGGCUCUGGGCCUCCCCCCCCCCCCCCCCCCCCGCUGGGGACAGGCAAGAAAUAGCUCCCACCCACCGGCCUCCCUGAGGAGGGAGGGGGGGGAGCACUCAUGGGAGACUUUGGGGUUUCGGGCCGUAAGAAAGACGUCCAGUUUGAUCGCUAGUUUAGGCAAGUUUGUUCCUAAUGCUUGUUUCUAUCUAUUUAUUUUUUUAUAUUUCAAUUUGGAUUUGGAUUCCUUUUUUUUCAUCAUUGUUACUGCGUUGAGACCUUCAGUUAUGCACCUUUCUAGUGGUUGAAUGCGACCAGCUAUUUUUAUCUAUUUCAUUUUUUUAAGGACUUGAAGCACCUUAUUAAGCGGCACCGGUUCCACAGCCGAGGACUGAAAAGGCCCAAAAUGUAACCCGAUCGCACACCGACCCGCCGCCAUCCUUCAACCAACGGGGGGGAGGGGGGGGGGGGAUUUUCACCAGCAAAAUCAAGUGGUUUACACAUUUAGAAACACAGACAUGGGAUACAUGCAACUAUUUGUUCGUUUUACUUCAAUCACACACAUGAAGCCAGCAGCAGUAUUAUCGAUCAAGCCUUUCUACCAGUAAGAGCCCACAGCUUGAGAAGCCAUAGUAGAGACCAACGGGCUGCCCCCCCCCCCCCCCCCCCCCCGCCUUAGAGUCCAGUCAAACCUUGUUGUCGAACCGUCCGCCGUUUCAUUUUUAAAUUUUUUGUAUUCUUUUUUUCUUUGUUGUUAACACGUAUUAUAGGAUGCCGGGCCGUGUUUAGCGUAGACUGAGGCCCCUCCCCCCGGCCGGCCUAGCCCCCCCUCCCACCACGAGUGCUGCUCCUCCUCCAUCAGGACCCCUACACCCCCUCCCACCCCCCCCCCCCCCCCCCCAGAGCCCAUGGUGAAAUGCAUGUGUUAAUUACAGUUUCUUUUCCAUAAUAAUAAUAAAGAGAAAAAAACAGUAUGAAAAGAUCACCACCUUGACUUGAUUGAAUAAAAGGAUGUUCUUGGCUGUA